CAGAUUUACAAAAUGAUGUUCAUGGUUAGUGAGCAGCAGAUGUUGCAGUGUUGCCAAUGGAGAGAAAGUGGAAUUCCGACGUUGAAAUCGCUCCCAAUUGUCCUCGCUGUGCCUCUCCCAACACCAAGUUUUGUUAUUACAACAACUAUAGUCUGUCUCAGCCUAGGUACUUGUGCAAAGGUUGCAGAAGGUAUUGGACCAAAGGCGGUUCCCUUCGGAACGUGCCGGUCGGAGGUGGAUGUCGGAAGAGUCGACGAGGUAAGUCUAACAGGGAAAGGAUCGAGAAGAAAAAUCGAAUUUCGAUGAAUUACGGUAAGAAUUCAUGUACUUCUUCUGAUGGGGAUCAACGGGAUAUCGAUCUAGCCAUUGUUUUCGCCAAGUUCUUGAACCAGCCCGAGUCUGACGAUUCAUCAAUGCAGUGCCAGAAACCAGUUGUUCAUUCGAUUCCGGAGUCUCUUACCGAUCAAGAAACGCCGGAAACCGAUGAGAUCGAUGGGUUCGAGUUACGAAAUUUGUUAGCAGCUGAUGAUCAAAUGGAGUUGUUGGAUGAUUUGUGGACCGACCAUGAUUCUGCUGAAACGACGCCGGACUUUAAGUGGCAACCAAUGGUGCAAAUGCAGCAUUUUAAUCUUUUGUUAAAUCAAAAUUCAUAACUGUGGACAGGUAUAUAUGAUGUUAUAAAGUAUUUAUAA